GUGGUGGAGGUUACACUGUUGUGUCACCGAGUAACUAUGGAGUAAGUCCAGGAGGUGGCUAUACGAUCGUAAUGGGUGAUCAACCAGCAACAAAGAGACAGGAAAUCAUCAUAGAUGGUAUUGUGACUGUGGACCAAACCAAUCAGAUUGUGAAACCAGUAGAGAAUAUGAUCGCAAAGCCGUGGAUUGAAGCUUCGUCUCACGUGAAGCAUGUUCUUGAAGUGUUCCGGUGUUACAGGAAGAUUUUCCAGAUUGUUGGGCGUGUCAUUCAGGACUGCAAAGAUGGUGUUAAUAACUUUGAUGCACUUUACACAAAGUACUCAUCAGCGCCCUACAUCGACCAACAAAGCUGUUCUGAGUUAAUAACACUUGCCAUUCCCUCCAAAGACCAAGUCAAAGAUUUGCUGACCCGUGCAGCCAACGCCGAUGUUCUCAAUUUCAACGCCAACAAUUGUCAGCAGAAUAAACAGAGUGAUGAUCCGGGAUAUAUUCCCUACGAUGUUGUAUAUGAUGACGAUGAUGAUGAUGAAUAUGGCAGCAAUAAUAACAAAUUGAGUGCUUCCCAAAGGUUUUUAGUGUGUGAUCUCAGGAUAAAAAGAAAGAAGACACAAAGUCAAGUGGCGCAGAUGAUUAAAAUGGAUCAACGAUUGGUUGGCGCAGUGAGAUGCCAACCUCAAAACCAAGGAAGCCGCAAGCACAAAGUUGCAUUGCCUAAACUGAUGAAACAUCACAGUCAUAUGCUUUGAGCUGGUUGGUCUGCAUGCAAGGUACACUUAUUAAUCCAAUUACUCUAAAAACUGUUUUUGACAAUUACACAAGCGUAAGCAGAAAAUAAAGGAACAUAUAAAAGAAUGAAGAUCAGUAUAUGGUAUAGGACAUUAACAUAAGCAUAAUCGCAAGCAAAAAAAUGAAAAUAAAAAAGAUGAAUGAAAGUAAAGACAAAAUACGAAAAAUGAAUGAAAUGAAAUGCGUGACAUGACACAUGGACAUAAUCGCAUGCGUAAUCGUAAGACAUGAGAAAAGAAAUGACUUGAUUGCAUGAAAGUUUUUGUUUUAGUUUUUUAUUUCUUUUUCGCUUAUGCUUUUGUUAUGUGUCGACCAGAUUUAAAAGAAGCGAAACUCUACUAUGAAAGGAAGUCGCAAUGCAUGAUGAACGAAUUCAAAUGAAGCGCCUUAAAUUGUGAAAGAGAUCAAAUAAAAUUGGACAAUAAUGUU